GCUAACACGCCGUCCUGCAGACUCCGGGCUUGGCGCAGCGCCCGGCCAAUCAGCGCUCCGUGGGCGGGGCCGAGUCACACCGCUCGCCUGUCACUCAACAUUCAUUUUUAGAAUGAAGAAGGUUCCAAGACGGUUAUUUUUUAUUUUUUUUUAUAUCCCAGAACGUGACGUCACGUGGAGGAGGAGGGGGCGGGGCGCCGGAGAAGGAUUAUUGGCUACAAGAAGAUAAUUGUGUUCCAGGAGCAGGCGCCAGUGCGCGGCCUCCCCCUCCCUCUCCCACACAUCAUGUAAGAGGCGAACCGUGGGAAAGAGACAGCCAGAGGAGCCCGGGUGACAGCAGCGCCACUUCUCCUCACAGCAGCCAUGAAGAGGACGCACGACUACAGCUCGUCCGACAGCGAACUGGACGAGAACAUCGAGGUGGAGAAGGAGAGUGCCGACGAGAAUGGGAAUCUGAGUUCCCCUCCCGGUUCUAUGUCUCCUUCGACGACGUCCCAGAUUUUAGCGAGAAAGAGGCGCAGAGGGAUCAUCGAGAAGCGCCGGCGGGACAGGAUUAAUAACAGCCUGUCUGAGCUGCGGAGACUAGUGCCCAGCGCCUUUGAGAAACAGGGUUCAGCAAAGUUGGAAAAAGCCGAGAUUCUUCAGAUGACUGUUGAUCAUCUCAAGAUGCUGCAUACCGCAGGGGGGAAAGGUUACUUUGAUGCCCACGCCCUUGCCAUGGACUAUCGCAGCCUGGGUUUCCGAGAAUGUCUUGCAGAGGUUGCCCGGUAUCUGAGUAUCAUUGAAGGCUUGGACAAUGCUGACCCCCUCCGGGUACGACUGGUUUCCCAUCUCAACAACUAUGCUUCCCAGAGAGAAGCUGCCAGCAGUGCCCACACCAGCAUCGGACACAUACCGUGGGGAGGCGCCUUUGGGCCCCAUCCUCAUCUAUCUCACCCUCUACUCCUGGCACAGACUCCACAUACAAAUGCAAGCAGCACGACCUCCUCCACAGAAGCUCACCACCAGAGCAGACUUCCCGGGUCACCGCACGCUGAUUCUUCCACUCUACGGGUUUCCUCCAAUGGGAGCCUGACGUCAGUUCUUCCAGUGGUGACUCCAUCCAAACUGUCUCCUCCGCUGCUCUCCUCGGUGGCCUCCCUCUCAGCAUUCCCAUUUUCCUUUGGAUCCUUCCACUUACUGUCUCCCAAUGCACUGAGCCCGACAGCACCGGCACCUACAGGCAAACCCUACAGACCCUGGGGGACGGAGAUUGGAGCCUUUUAGGACAUUUCCAUGAACUGAAUAUAGUUUUUAUGCAAGGGGUGAUCUGGGGGAGGGGGAUUGAUGGUCCAGCUGUGCUGGACAUCUCAUUGAGACAUUUACAAUGUAUUUGCCAAUCUGUGUGAUACUAUGGUACCAUUGCAAAUGAUUCCCCAUCUAUGACCUUUUUAUGUUUUUUCAUCAUUUCACAAAACACUGUACAUUUCAGGAACGACCGACGACACACGACAUACAGGUCCCAGCUGAAGAUUUACUAUAAGUUGCUUUUGUGAUAUUUUCAGCAGUGCAUGCCCUGGUGUCAGGGCACUUAACCCAUAGUUUAGACGUUUUGAACAAUCUUCCUAUUAAAACGAUGACCUAUUUUAGUCUUAAUUUGUGACAAAAUUCGCAUUCAGCAAUAACACUGUACUUUUUAAGUUUUUGCUAAUAUUUUCCAGUUGAGAUAUUCUAUGAGAGAUUUCCUUGAUAUGUAAAGUAUUAUUCUUUGAAUUUUUAUUGCCAUGCGUUGACAAAUCACAAGUACCAGCUUUUACCCAGUGCAGGUCGGGUAGUGCCCAUUGAAGCUACUUUGCUGUCACAGAAGUCUGGAAUAUCCAACCCAAGCCCUAUCUUCUAAUCUAUUUCCCAGUCUGCUGCACUAGAACCUUAUUUAACAGGUAGACUAAUUUAAGAAGAGCUCCCGUUCUCCUUGUAUAUAUCUCACUGAAUGCAUUUUUACUUGCCUGAAAGGUGAUUUUUAUUUUUCCCUUUUGUUUUUUAUUUUAAUUUUAUUUUUUGCUGUACUGGGUUUAAUCACUGUUGUACUGGUCUACUGUGACUAAAUAAACGAGUCCAAGUGUGA